UGUGGGCGAGGGCCCUAGGCCUGCCCCGGGGGAGGUUGCACAAACCUUCCUGCACAGGCCUCAGGCUGUCUGCCCGCCUGGCCCCGUGCUCCAGCCCGCCUCUCCCACUGGCCGCUGCCUCCUACCCAGGGCUGGCAUCCCGGUUCCCUGUCCUGGGUCCCAGACUGUGUCCUCUGUCACUGUGGGGCCGACAGGGGCCGGGCUGGACACCAGGGUCCGCCCUCCCAUCACUGAGCACAGCUCUUCCUCAUUUCGUUGCUGAUUCUAGCCCCAAACAAAACAGGUUGAGCCUUUUCCUCCCCUCGGCAGCUGUCUCUGGCUUGCUGCUGCCUUCUGAGCACUGCAGACGGCGCCGGCCAGGGAGGGGGGCCUGGGCCAGCCCUGCCGAGACUGGGCCGGUGCUCCUGGCGCCUGGCCCUCUGUCAGGCCGGCCCGUGGCAGGAGAGCGAGCUUUGCCACAGCAGACUCCUGAGGAUGAUGCCCCAGAUGCAGUUCAAAGAUGCCUUCUGGUGCAGGGACUUCACGGCCCACACGGGCUACGAGGUGCUGCUGCAGCGGCUGCUGGACGGCAGGAAAAUGUGCAAGGACGUGGAAGAGCUGCUGCGGCAGAGGGCCCAGGCGGAGGAGCGGUACGGGAAGGAGCUGGUGCAGAUUGCCCGGAAGGCGGGCGGCCAGACAGAGAUCAACUCCCUGAGGGCCUCGUUUGACUCCUUGAAGCAGCAAAUGGAGAACGUAGGCAGCUCGCACAUCCAGCUGGCCCUGACCCUGCGUGAGGAGCUGCGGAGCCUGGAGGAGUUCCGGGAGCGGCAGAAGGAGCAGAGGAAGAAGUACGAGGCCGUCAUGGACCGUGUCCAGAAGAGCAAGCUGUCGCUCUACAAGAAGGUCAUGGAGUCCAAGAAGACGUACGAGCAGAAGUGCCGGGACGCGGAUGAUGCCGGGCAGGCCUUUGAGCGCAUCAGUGCCAACGGCCAGCAGAAGCAGGUGGAGAAGAGCCAGAACAAAGCCAAGCAGUGCAAGGACGCGGCCACCGAGGCAGAGCGCGUGUACAGGCAGAACGUGGAGCAGCUGGAGCGGGUGCGCGGUGAGUGGGAGCAGGAGCACCGGACCACCUGCGAGGCCUUCCAGUUGCAGGAGUUUGACCGGCUGACCAUUCUCCGCAAUGCACUGUGGGUGCACUGCAACCAGCUGUCCAUGCAGUGCGUCAAGGACGACGAGCUCUAUGAGGAAGUGCGGCUGACACUGGAAGGCUGCAGUGUAGACGCCGACAUCGACGGCUUCAUCCAGGCCAAGAGCACAGGCACUGAGCCCCCAGCUCCAGUGCCCUACCAGAACUACUAUGACCGCGAGGUCAGCCCAGUGUCCAGCAGCCCCAGCACACAACUGUCCUGCGGCAUGAUAAAGAGGUUCUCCGGGCUGUUGCAUGGAAGUCCCAAGUCUGCACCGCUGGCAACUCCCACUGCCUCCACAGAGACACUGAGCCCCACCCCCGAGCGGAAUGAGUGUGUCUACGCGGCUGUCGCAGUGCAGGAGCCACAGGGAAACGCAACCCUGCCGGGCCAGGAGUACCGGGCGCUCUAUGAUUACACGGCGCAGAAUCCCGACGAGCUGGACAUCUCCGCAGGGGACGUUCUGGAGGUCAUCCUGGAGGGGGAGGAUGGCUGGUGGACAGUGGAACGGAAUGGACAGCGUGGCUUCGUCCCUGGGUCCUACCUGGAGAAGCUCUGAGGGAGGCGCAGCCCCUGGACCUGCCCUGCCCUUGAAGCCAGCAGUGCCACCACGACUACCCAGGCCGGGCUGGGGCCCAGAACCGAGCCCCCACUCCCUGGCACCCGACCUCGCAAUGGGGCGGGCGCCGAUUGCUCCGAGUCUCUCGCAGGGAAUAAAUGGUCGUUCUUUUUC